AAUAAGUUCUGUAGUAAGAGAUCUCAAUUUAAACAGUUGUUCAGUCGAUACCUGCGUUGAAAUUUUCAGCUAAACAGAAUUUUCAUUAAACAAAGACGCAUAAAAUAUUUCACAGUUCUUAAAUUUGUAAUAUAAUUAAUACGUUGGAAUAAAUGGCUACUUUAGAGGAUAAAUCUAUCUGGGAAGAUGGAGAGGAGUCGUUGGGUGAGGAUGUUUUAAGAAUGUCCACCGAUGAAAUUGUCUCCCGUACACGUUUACUAGAUAAUGAAAUAAAAAUCAUGAAAAGCGAAGUAAUGAGAAUUUCCCAUGAGCUUCAGGCACAAAAUGAUAAGAUCAAAGAAAAUACAGAGAAGAUUAAAGUGAAUAAAACUUUACCUUAUUUAGUAUCUAAUGUUAUAGAAUUAUUAGAUGUUGAUCCUCAAGACAUGGGAGAAGAAGACGGUGCAGUUGUUGAUUUAGAUGCGCAAAGAAAAGGAAAGUGUGCAGUAAUUAAAACCUCUACUCGACAAACAUACUUUUUACCAGUGAUUGGAUUAGUUGACGCAGAAGCGUUAAAGCCUGGUGAUUUAGUAGGUGUUAAUAAGGACAGUUAUCUUGUACUUGAAACAUUACCAGCUGAGUACGAUGCGAGAGUAAAAGCUAUGGAAGUAGAUGAAAGGCCUACAGAGCAGUACUCAGAUAUUGGUGGAUUGGACAAACAGAUUCAGGAAUUAAUAGAGGCUGUUGUGUUGCCUAUGACGCACAAAGAGAAAUUUGAGAAUCUUGGUAUUCAACCUCCUAAAGGUGUACUUUUGUAUGGACCUCCAGGAACUGGCAAAACUUUAUUGGCUAGAGCUUGUGCUGCCCAGACAAAGUCCACGUUUUUGAAACUAGCAGGUCCCCAACUUGUUCAGAUGUUUAUCGGUGAUGGUGCAAAAUUAGUAAGAGAUGCAUUUUCGCUGGCAAAAGAGAAAGCACCUGCAAUUAUUUUCAUCGAUGAAUUAGAUGCAAUUGGUACAAAAAGAUUUGACUCUGAAAAAGCUGGUGAUAGGGAAGUACAGCGUACAAUGUUAGAACUGUUAAAUCAGUUAGAUGGAUUCAGUUCAACUGCAGAUAUUAAAGUAAUUGCAGCUACUAACAGAGUAGAUAUUUUAGAUCCAGCCUUACUGAGGUCAGGUCGUUUGGAUAGAAAAAUAGAAUUCCCUCAUCCAAAUGAAGAAGCCAGAGCACGUAUAAUGCAAAUUCAUUCAAGAAAAAUGAACAUGUCUCCAGACGUUAAUUUCGAAGAACUAUCAAGGUCCACUGAUGAUUUCAAUGGAGCUCAAUGUAAAGCUGUCUGUGUGGAAGCGGGUAUGAUUGCACUAAGGCGUAAUGCAUUUGCAGUUACUCAUGAAGACUUAAUGGAAGCUAUUAACGAAGUUCAAGCAAAGAAGAAAGCAAAUCUUAAUUACUAUGCUUAAGAUUCGUUAUACAAUUAUUUAUUAAUUAUACUCCACAAUAAAUGCAAGUCAAAAUUGUAUUGAUAAAAGACUUGAAUUUUAAUAAAAAUCUGAUACUGUUUGUAAAAUACGUAAUUCGAAAUGAGCAUAUUAAAAGUUAUAUUAAAUAGAAA